ACUACACCGCCUCCGAUGUGGCAGCCAAGCCGCCUCUGUGUCGUCUCCUCGGGGCAGCCGUUAGCUUCAUCACCCUGCGGUCCGACAUCAUGCUAAUCCGUCGACGUAAUGUAGUUCAUUCGCCAGGAUCGGUUGCUGAUGACGAAAUGAUGCCAUCAUCGCAGAUGUGACAGAUUAGAGUGACACAGGGCCUGAUCAUGGGAGACAGAAGAAGGUCACCAUGUGCCGAAAUCUGUCCAAAUAUGCCCUCAUCUUUCUCUUCUUAGCCCUGUCUGGCCUCAUCUUCCUGCUGCGCAACAUCCACACUGUGGAGAACUGGAACUGCCACACCGUCUCAGCCCUCUACCAGCUCCAGAGCAGGAUCCAAUCAUCCUUCGUCCCAGAGAAUCUCCCCACUUUCCAUCACAACCGCACCUUCUGUGCCCAUCUGGGCCAGAAACCCUCCCCUGAAGAUGAGCUGGAAGAGCGCUACCUUUUGGACUCUAUUGCCUGGCCUGGGCCUCCGCCUCGCUCUGCGCCAACCUCCCUGCGCCAGACGAGCGACCCCGUCCACAGCCUGUUCGCCAUCCUUCCCACUAAGGGAGGAAGGGAGUGGCAUUUGGGCGACCAGCUGGAGGUACUCGUCCAAAUGCAUGACUUCCAGGGGCGCCCCAAACGCUACGGUGGGGAUUUCCUUUUGGCCAGACUGCACUCCCCGGAGGUUGGAGCAGGUGUAGCAGGUAAAGUGCUGGACCACAGGAAUGGAUUUUACUCCACUAUGUUCCCGCUCCUCUGGGAGGGGACGGCACAUGUUGAGAUAACACUGGUGCACUCGAGCGAGGCUGUUGCUGUGCUGCGACGGCUGAGGGAGGAACGGCCUGAUAGAGUGUUUUUUAAGAGCCUGUUUCGCCUGGGCUUCCUGUCUGAAACUACUGUGUGCAACAUGUGCCUCCCCCCUGACCAGCAGCCUCUGUGCAACUACACAGACCUUUACACAGGAGAGCCCUGGUACUGCUACAAGCCGAAGAUGCUCAGCUGUGACACCAGAAUCAACCACGCCAAAGGAGGCUAUCUGAAACACCUCAUCACCAACAAAGAAGCAUUGCUCUUCCAGAGUGGUGUAAACAUUAAAGUUCACAUACACGCUUCAGGACCCGACAGAAUCAUCGUGCUGCCUCCCAGGAAAGAUAAAGUAGAGGUAGAAAACAGCAGUAUAAAACCAGAACCUAUUAAGCUAGAACCAUCUGGAUAUUACUACGAGGACACAUGGAGGCCAUUAAAUGGCGUUACAAUGCGCCAGUUCAAUGAAUCAUCUGCCACCACUCAGUGUUUGAAGAACAAGGUGAUCAACAUGUACGGAGACUCGACCGUCAGGCAGUGGUUUGAGUACCUCAUUGCUUUAGUACCAGGUUUAAAGGAGUUCAACCUGCACAGUCCUAAAAACGUCGGGCCUUUCAUGGCGGUGGACAGCACCCAUAAUAUUCUCUUGAAGUACCGCUGCCAUGGCCCACCCAUCCGCUUCUCCACUGUCAUGUCCAGAGAGCUGCGGUACAUUUCAAAUGAGCUGGACAACCUCUCUGGGGGUCCUAACACCAUCGUCGUCCUCAGCAUCUGGGCCCAUUUCAGCACCUUUCCUGUGGAGGUGUACAUACGGCGGCUCCGUCACAUUAGACGCUCGCUGGUGCAGCUUCUGGACCGAGCGCCUGGGACGAUCGUUGUGAUCCGCUCGGGCAACCUCCAAGCCCUGGACCAAGAGGUGAGCCUGUACAACAGCGACUGGUACUCCCUACAGCUCGAUAUGGUGCUGCGGUCCAUGUUCAAAGGACUGAACGUGCUGCUGGUGGACGCCUGGCAAAUGAGUUCAGCUCACCACCUUCCUCACGCCCUCCAUCCUCCUCAAGUCAUUGUCAAGAACAUGAUAGACAUGCUUUUGUCUUACGUUUGCCCAGAAAAGACAAAGAGCAAAGACAACUGAUGUAGAGGAACAGUGACGAUAAUGGAUCUUGUUGAAGGACACUGAGAUUGAUGUGUCAAUUCGCCAACCGGUUCUUCAGCUCACGACAGUAAGGCUUCUUUUUAGCGCUCUUCAAAGCUACACACCCUUUAAAUACUGAGAGACUUCUAAUGUAGGACUGAUCUUUGUUUACUUGCCUGUUAAAUUUAAUUAUCAAUCCAACAAAACUAAAUUUAUUCUGGAAAAAGCCAAAGACUUUGGCACAGUGUUACGCCCCACCCUUGGGCGGCCCUAUGGGCUGAACAAAGCUCCACUACUGACCCAAAAUACCCACAUCCCUUAAAUCAAAUCCAUGGGAGUUAUUAACAAAAAUCCUGCAUAGAGGACAGUAAAAUCCCAGGCUGAGAGGCAGCAGGACCAGCAGUCCUCAUGCCAGAGGCCUCUCUCCUCUGCUGCUGGCACAGAAGCUCUUAAGCACCUCCUCCCCAUGCCAGAUGCAGUGCACCUCAUUAGGCAAUGCAGCACACCUGGGCAGAUCUGCAAUAGAGGGAUAGGGGACAGCAGCACAGAACACACACAGCGGCAACACCCCCACCCUUAAAACAAUGAAUAAAUAGGUUGUCACACUGUCGCUCAGUCACACACAAGUACUGAGGCAGUUAAACACAGAACAACUGUAACAAACCAUAGUUCAGUGACAAAUACUAUUUAUUCAUUGAAAUUAAGUGUACUUAACAAUAAGGAAAUGAGUGCUGCUUACAGAGGCUUUAUGUUAAAGGUAAACACAGAUCAAAAGCACUCAGAAAAACACCUCAGUAACUCUGAGUAUGUAGAUUAAUCUAGUUUGCGCUCAAAUCUGAAACAAUGAUGCUCAGUUUCCCCAACACUACAUGCAAGCAUCUCUUCAAUACAAAGCAAAUGGUGUAAUUAAGUCACAACAGAUUGGGACUGCUGCUGACAGAAGGUGUCAACUUGGGUCAAAUUUGGAUCAAACAAGAUCUUAUUAUACAAAGGGCCAACUAAGUCAACCAGCCAAAUCAAUGGAUGCCACUCCCACAAGGUACAAAAUGGUUACCACCA